UCUCUCUCUCUCUCUCUCUCUCUCUCUCUCUCUCUCUCUCUCUCUCCUUCCCUUUCAGUUUCUCUCUCCUCCGGCAAAAACCCUAAAGUGCCGUUUACACCCACCCAAGGCUUAAUUGCGGGGGCAGGGCAAUUCUUUAAUUUGUAGGAAUAUCAAAAUGGUGCUAUUUGAAGUUGAAGCUCACUGUUUUCUUCCUUCUUGGUGUUAAUUUCUAUGUUGGUUAUGUUUUGAACAUGAGAGUUUCUUGAGCUUACUUGUAAUCUCUGCUUAUUGUGUUCACUCUGUAGUUCUAAUGGAUGGUGAUGCUUUGAACAUGCGUAAUUGGGGUUACUAUGAACCAUCUUUGAAAGCGCAUCUUGGACUGCAGCUCGUGUCCACAAUUGGUGAGCGAGAUGUGAAACAUUUUAUGCCUGGACGGGACCCGUCAGCUAUUGUUAACAUGAAUGCAGCAUUUCAUCCACGGGAUUCUGUUGUAUCUGAAGCACCGGUAUCGACAAACUGGGCGAGGGAUGGUUGGAUGAAUCAAAGGGACAAGCUAUUCAAUGUGUUAUCCCCCAAUACUAGUUAUUCUCUGCUUGCAGAGACGUCAGCGGCACAACCUUUGCAAAUGUUACAACCACUUGACACAUCAAGAGAUGAAAUGGUCCUCAAGAUUGAAGAACCACCUGUGAAGAAGGGAACUAAACAACCAAAGAAACGACAGAAUGGAGGUGCUCCCAAAAGCCCGAAACCAAAGAAGCCUCGAAAGCCUAAAAGUAAUGAUCCUUCGUUUCAACAGGUGAAGGCACCAAAAAAGAAGAUGGAGCUUGUUAUAAAUGGAUUUGACAUGGAUAUAUCUAGUAUCCCAAUUCCAGUAUGUUCUUGCACUGGAACUCCUCACCAAUGUUAUAGAUGGGGCUACGGUGGCUGGCAAUCAGCUUGUUGUACCACAAGUUUAUCUCUACAUCCUUUGCCAAUGAGUGAGAAGCGGCGAGGUGCAAGAAUUGCUGGCCGGAAAAUGAGUCAAGGUGCUUUUAAGAAGGUUUUGGAGAAACUAGCAGCUCAAGGCUAUAACUUUUCUAACCCAAUUGAUUUAAGAAGCCAUUGGGCAAGGCAUGGGACCAAUAAGUUUGUCACAAUCAGGUAGUUUAGCAGAGUAUUGUGAUGGUCAAGGGCCGAGUCUGUUUUACAUGUAUAUAUCUGUGGCCUUUCGCAGCAAUCAUGGGGUAGCUAUAGCCGGUAACUUUUUCUCUUUAUCGUUUAUGGGUUCAUAAAGUUAGGAAAUUUCCAUCCAGAUCAAUCUUGAUUCGUUUUGUAGUAGUUUUCAAAUUAUUGGAAUAUCUUUUGAUGCUGUUU